AUGGCGGCCGGCAUCCAGGGGCAGUUGACCUUCAGUGAUGUGGCCAUAGAAUUCUCUCAGGAGGAGUGGGCGUGCCUGGACCCAGCUCAGCGGAAACUGUUCAGGGACGUGAUGUUACAGAACUACAGGAACCUGGUAUUCCUGGGUGUGUCUAAACCAGACCUACUCACCUUUUUGAAAUACAUGAACGAGCCCUGGGAGUUGAAGGGGAAAAAGACAAUACCCAUCCUGCCAGCUAUACCUUCUCAAGUUACCCAAGGUUUCUUGCCAAAGUCAGGUGUAGAAGUGUCAUUCCAGAAAAUGUUACAGAGUACAUAUAAUGAAGAGAGAAGUCACCAAUGCAAUGAAUCUCAGAAAAACUUUAACCAAGGGUCAAAUUCUAUUAACCAUCAAAGAGCUCAGCUUCCACAGAACAAGUAUAAAUUGCCUAAAGUCUUUGAAAAAAACUCAAAUAUUUUUAUUCAUACUGUAGAGAAGACGGAAAGUUUCAGUGAAUGUGCCAAGUCUUCCAACCAAUCAUCAAAUCUUACUGAACAUAAAAGUAUUCCGACAUGA